AUGCGAGUUCAGGGUCCUCCUCCUUCUCACCGAAAGUGUUGUUCUACCUGCUCCCCAUCUUUUCAUCCCGCCAUUCUGUACCACGCUUCACGCGCGCACACUGCCACCAUGAGCGCUCCGAAUGAAAGUAUCGUCACAUCUGCCUUAGCACUACCCUCCGCCGAAAGCAGCUCGACCGCACCCCCCACGGCAUCCAACACAACCCUCGUCGACGCAUCGGGUGCACCAUCAGCGGUGACCACAGACAAAUUGACGGUCACGGACGCAGACGUUGCAGAUGCUGGCGCGUUGAGGUCACAAGCUUCUGAAGCUGUUGUGACUGGACUGACACCGGAUCAAGUGAUGCAGGAGCUGAAGGAGAACGGAUACGUGGAUCAGCUGCGACGUCGGAUGUACGAUGCUUUCUUGGCUAACGAGAAACCUUCGAUCGGCCCCACUGCUGUCGCUAACCCUGUUCAGUCCACAAGCGGUGUCUCUAGCAGUACCAUCCCAGUCACUGCUGCUUCUACGAUCAGCGCGUCUCCCGCUGAUGACUCGCUACCAGCACCAACCCUCACUCAAUCCAUAGCCGCUCCUCCAACCAUCAUCCCACCCCACACCAACGCCCAUUCUUCCUCUUUGGACAUCGGAACCAAACCCCCCUUCCUCGCCCACCUCUCUGCCCUCCUUUCAGACCACAUCACCUCCGACCACGGCAACCUACGUCUCCUCCUACCAAGAGAGCAGCAGAAUUCCCUCCUCAACAGCCUCGAUUCCGCAACCGUACACCAUCCCCACAGAAACAUUUUGGGCGAUGCUACAAUCUACGAAUUGCUCGUCAAACACGUCGUCACAGCCGCGAGUGGAGAAGAAGAAGAAGAACAAGGUACGGGAGGUAUGCUGGAUAGAGACGAGGGUUGGGUGGGGAAAGAGGCGAAUGCGAGGGUGAAGGAGGUGAUCAGGGAAAUGAUGGUGAGAUCGAGUGCGAAGGAAGGCGAUGAUGAUGAGGGAGAUGAGGAUGAGGAUGAAGAUGAGGAAGACGAGGAUGGUGAGGAACGACAAGGAGCGGACACAGCCACACAGCCACCACACAGCUCCCCACUGGACCCUACCCAACCAUCAUCAUCAGUUUCAACCACCGACAUGGAGCAAGACUAG